AUGGAACUCUGGAACUCCACCUUGGGAAGCGGCUUCAUCUUGGUGGGGAUUCUGGAUGGCAGUGGCUCUCCGGAACUGCUCUGUGCCACAUUCACCGCCCUGUACAUGCUGGCUAUGACCAGCAAUGGACUGCUGCUCCUGGUCAUCACCAUGGAUGCCCGGCUUCAUGUGCCCAUGUACUUCCUGCUUGGGCAGCUCUCUCUCAUGGAUCUUCUCUUCACUUCAGUUGUCACGCCCAAGGCAGUCAUAGAUUUUUUGCUCAGAGACAACACCAUCUCCUUUGAGGGCUGUGCCCUGCAGAUGUUCCUGGCACUGACGCUGGGAGGGGCAGAGGACCUCCUUCUGGCCUUCAUGGCCUAUGACAGGUAUGUGGCCAUUUGCCAUCCUCUGAACUACAUGAUCUUCAUGAGGCCAACUAUCUGCUGGCUCAUGGUGGCUUCAUCGUGGAUCCUGGCAGCCCUGAUGGCUCUAGGAUACACCACCUACACCAUGCAGUAUUCCUUCUGCAAAUCCCGGAAGAUCAAACACCUGCUCUGUGAGAUCCCUCCACUGCUGAAGCUGGCCUGCGCAGACACCUCCACGUAUGAGCUCAUGGUUUAUGUGAUGGGUGUGACCUUCCUUAUUCCCCCUCUUGCUGCCAUCCUGGCUUCCUACUCACUAAUUCUGUUCACUGUGCUCCACAUGCCCUCAAAUGAGGGCAGAAGGAAAGCCCUGGUCACCUGUUCCUCCCACCUGACUGUGGUGGGGAUGUUCUAUGGGGCUGCCACAUUCAUGUAUGUCCUGCCCAGUUCAUUUCACAGCCCCAGGCAAGACAACAUCAUUUCUGUGUUUUAUACAAUAGUCACCCCAGCCCUGAAUCCCCUCAUCUACAGCCUGAGGAACAAGGAGGUCACUGGGGCUUUAAUAAGGGUUCUGGGAAGAUAUAUUCUUCGAGCACACCCUGCUCUCUAG